AAAAAUAUAUCGGCGACGAUUCUUAGUGUCUGUGCCACCACCAACGCCGUCAUUACGUUUCUUUUUGCUCUUUUGCUCUGAAAUAACAGGGGAUAAAUUAAAACCCUAAACCUCUUCAAAAACCCUAAUUGUUCUUCCCUCCCAAUUUGCUUAUUCUCUAUUACAGGCACGCCCACAGGAAGAGCUGCAUCUCAGUGAAGAUCGAAACAAUGUCUCGUAUAUGCGUGAAGAAUUUGCCCAAGUACGUUGCUGAGGAUCGUCUUAGAGAAUUUUUCUCCCAAAAGGGCGAAGUUACUGAUGCCAAGCUCAUGCGGACGAGGUCCUGUUGGAUGAAUGUUUUAAUUAUGCUAUGCAUUUGGAGUUUUCAUUUCUUGUCAAACUCAAAAUUCCAUGUUCUUAUGUGCAGAGAUGGAAAAAGUAGACAAUUUGGGUUUGUUGGAUUUCGGUCGGAGGAAGAAGCUAACGAGGCUAUCAGGUUUUUCCACAAGUCGUUCAUGGAUACCUGUAGAAUUACUUGCGAGAUUGCUCGUAAAGUUGGAGAUCCAGAAAUUCCACGUCCAUGGAGUCGAUACUCAAAAGAGAAAGAAGAGAAACCUUCUGAGCAGGGAAAUGAUUUGCCAGAUUCAGAAAUUUUGAAGCCUAAAAAGUCCAAGAAGGAGAAGAAGAAAGAUGAUAAAAGUGACGAUCCUCAACUUGAAGAAUUCCUUCAGGUCAUGCAACCUCGAAGUAAGACGAAGUUGUGGGCUAAUGAUACCCUGACAGCUACCACAGCAGCUGUGAGAAGAGGGGAUGUAGCUGAACGGAGUAAUGUGAAACGAGAAGAUGAGAAAUCAAAUAAUAACAUGGUGCUGGAGUUAAACAAAGAUAACAAAGAGGAACAAGCGUCAUCUGAGAGUUCAGACAAACGUCAAGAUUUGGUUCAUGAUGAAGUGAUAUCUGAUAUGGAUUAUUUCAAAAGUAGAGUGAAGCAAGCUUGGUCGGAUUCAGAAGGUGAAGAUGAAGGUGAGAGUGAUAAGGAUGCUGACAGUGAUGAUGGUGGCAAUAAUUUUGCUGAUAUGGAAACUGAUGGCAUGCAUGAUGCAAAGGGUAAGGAUGAUGUUUCACUCGAAAAAUCCAAAUAUGAAUCAUUAGAAGAACCUGAUAAGGAGGAACUGGAUAAGGAGCCAUCAUUAACAAGGGAAUAUGGAAAAGAAGCUUUAGAGACCGGCCGACUAUUUGUUCGUAAUUUGCCUUAUACUACAACUGAAGAGGAGCUGGAAGAAUAUUUUCGCACGUGCGGCAGUGUCUCGCAGGUCCAUAUUGUUGUGGAUAAGGAGACAAAAAGAUCCAGGGGUAUUGCUUAUGUUCAAUAUGUGCUUCCAGAAUCUGCUAGCAGGGCUUUAGAGGAGCUGGAUAAUUCAAUAUUUCAAGGAAGAUUAUUGCAUGUCAUGGUGGCAAAACAAAAUAAUCCUUCCGGCACAGAGAACAAUACAUCUGACCAAUUACCCUCAAAAACAUUAAAGCAAAAGAAGCUGGAUGCAAAAAAGGCAUCUGAAGCAACUGGGAACACAAGAUCGUGGAAUAGUCUUUUCAUGCGUCCAGAUACAAUUGUAGAAAACAUUGCUCGAAGAUUUGGAAUAAGUAAGAGUGACCUUUUGGAUAAGGAGGCUGAUGAUCUUGCAGUGCGCAUUGCACUGGGAGAAACCCAAGUGAUUGAGGAGACCAAAAAGGCUCUUCGCAAUGCUGGAGUCAAUGUAGCUUCAUUGGAGGAUUUUGCUGCUGGGAAAACCGAGGGUAUGAAAAGAAGCAACCAUGUUAUAUUAGUGAAGAAUUUGUCAUACGGGUCAACUGAAACUGAUCUAGCUAAUAUGUUUGGGAAAUUUGGGAGCUUGGAAAAAAUAAUUCUUCCUCCAUCGAAGACCUUGGCUGUGGUUGUGUUUCUUGAAGCAGCUGAAGCACGUGCAGCUUUCAGGGGUUUAGCAUACAAACGGUACAAGGAUGCUCCACUUUACUUGGAAUGGGCACCUGGGAGUAUUCUUAGUCCCAAUCCAUCAUCUGUGGAUAAUUCAGAUGAUGUCGCAGUUGGCCAACAUGAUUUGAAGAGAGUCUUACUAGAGGAACAAACUCGGACAGCUGAUGAAGAUGUAGAUCCUGACAGAGUUGAGUCAAGAUCUUUGUACGUAAAGAAUCUGAAUUUCAAGACGUCUGAUGAAAGUUUGAGAAAACAUUUUGCUGAUCAAAUGAAACAAGGGAAACUACUGAGUGUCCGGGUGAAGAAACACUUGAAGAAUGGAAAACAUGUUUCAAUGGGUUUUGGUUUCAUAGAAUUCGAUUCUGUGGAUACGGCAACGAGUCUCUGCAGGGAUUUGCAGGGAACUGUUUUAGAUGGGCAUGCUCUCAUUUUGCAACUUUGUCAUGGUAAGAAAGAUGAAAAAGUGACUAAGAAAGCAGAGGAUGAUAGAAGUUCAACCAAAUUAAUUGUCAGAAAUGUAGCUUUUGAGGCAACUGAGAAAGAACUUCGGCAAUUAUUUAGUCCGUUUGGGCAGGUAAAGAGUUUGAGGUUGCCAAUGAGAUUUGGGAACCACAGAGGUUUUGCUUUUGUGGAGUAUGUUACAAAGCAAGAAGCAAAGAAUGCCCUUCAAGCUCUUUCCAACACACAUCUCUACGGUCGUCAUCUGGUUUUGGAGAGAGCGAAAGAAGGUGAAAGCUUAGAGGAAUUGAGGGCGCGUACAGCUGCUCAGUUUGAUGAGCACGGUUCAACUAAAUAUUCAAAGAAAAGAAAGCACAUGGCUGUAUUAGACGAAGGCAGUUUUAAAUUUGAGCGAAUAGCGGAUUAGUUAGGGACUUAGGGUUCAUGAUAUUUCUUCUUCUGUCAUCUGUAUAUUUAGAAACCAGACAAGACAUUCCAAUUGCUAGUGUGUGGCUCCAUUUUUCCCAGCUGGUGACCUUGAUUUUGCAUAUUUUAUGUCAUCUAUGAUGAUGGUUAAAUUGAAGCAAGUAGACGGUAGACCUAUCUAUGUUGCCUUUUUUUAUAACAAAAUGUUGCAAAAUUUAUUCUGCGA